UGUUUUCAUAGCAAAAUUAUAAGUUGAAAAAAAAAAUUCUUCAGAGGAAUAGAAUAAAAAAAUUUCUUGAUUAUUGUUGGAAAGGAUUUAAUGAAGAUAGAGUGUUUUGGGAAUUUUAUGAGAAAAAGUAGUUUUUAUAAAAAGUGGAAAAUGCAGAGUCCAAGUACUUCACCUGAUUUAAUGGAUCCCCGUUACAACCAUUUACGCAUUCAAGCUUCUUCAAGUCGAAUUCUCUACGAUACUCCAUGUAAGGUAUGCAGAGAUCACAGCUCUGGCAAGCACUAUGGAAUUUACGCAUGCGACGGAUGUGCUGGAUUCUUCAAGAGGUCUAUUCGACGAAAUAGACAAUAUAAUUGCAAAUCACGUUCCGAAGGACAAUGUGUCGUUGAUAAAACACACCGUAAUCAAUGUCGUGCGUGUCGCUUGAGAAAGUGUUUCGAAGUUGGGAUGAACAGGGAUGCUGUGCAGCAUGAGCGUGGUCCACGAAAUUCCACGCUAAGGAAGCAAAUGUCUCUACUUAUCAAUCGAGAUCACCCAAUGAUGACGGACUUACAGAGCAUGAGGCGCGAACUGAUAAUGACUCAAGCAAUGCCAUUGUCUCUCGCGGCACCACCAACUCCAAUAGUCCUUGAUCUCUCAUCACGGUCAACACUUCUCUCGGCAUCAACCAAUUUUAUGCCACUCGUUACACCACGACCUCUACCACCCACACCCCCACUUAUGGCCGCAGAGGCUAUCCGUGAAUCUGCGGCACAACUCCUUUUCCGCAAUGUGGAGUGGCUGAGAAAUCUGCAUGCUUUCACUGAUCUUUCAAUGCACGAUCAAUUGUAUCUGUUGGAGGAAUCAUGGAGAGAAUUUUUUAUUCUUGCCACAGCACAGUAUUUGAUGCCUCUCAACUUUUCGCAACUACUCUAUGCGUAUGAAAUAAUGAAUAACAAUAGGGACAAUCGACAGCCGACGGCAACUCUCAUGCAAGAAGUGGAUAACUUCAAGAAAAUCCUCCAUCGUAUUACGCAGCUAUGUAUCGAUGACAAUGAAUAUUACUUCCUUCGUGCAAUUGUGUUGUUUAAAACAAACUCCGAUGCGGAUUCCGAUUCAUCCAGUACAACAGAUGAGGGUGGAAAUGUAUGUCGGGCACUACAGGAUCCAGAGCGUGUAAGGAUUCUCCAUGAGGAUGCAAAAAAUAAGUUGAGUGCCUAUAUUAACACAGUUUACCCAAUCCAAGUGCACAGAUGCAAAGAAUUGCUCCUAAUUCUCCCAGAUUUGGGAUCAGUGUCCAACUACACCAUAGAAGAAUUAUUUUUUAGACAAAACAUUGGAUUGGUUUCAAUUGCUAAACUCACUGCAAAUAUGUACAGUCAGCGUAAAACAUCACAUUUUGAGUAUCAGCAGCCUGUUGUAGUAUCCAAAUAGCAUAUACAUAGUAAUAAAACAUUGUGAUAGGUUUAUUGAAAUUGCCUUAAAAUUUAUCGAACGUCCGAAUUCUCAAAAUUCACAAUAAGUAAAAUAUAAUCAGUUAUCUUUAUACAUAAACUAAGAAAUUAUACGGUGAAUUAAAAUUUAUUUGUGAAUGUUUUUGAUCAUAUAGACGAAAGACUCAAGUCUAGACGGAUCAUUGUAUGCUUUCUGUGCUUUUAUGCAUCGAGACAUGAUUUUAAGAAAUAUCCUUAUGUCACUCACUGUGGAUAUUCUAUAAUAUGUCUGAAAGUUUUCCAUACGAUGAUAAAAUGCCCAAAAUGUUUAAGUCCCGUCGGAACUUAAGUCUUUACUCUAUGUCUAUGGAAGGUAUACUUAAGAGCAUGAAUAUUUUUAACAUAAAAUAUUAGAAAUAUAAAAGUAAUUUACCAUCGUUAAAUAAGAAAAAAUAAAUGUUUAU